UAAACGUUCAGAUGACAGCAUCAUAAAAAAAAUAAGAGCUUUAAAUGAUAACGUUUUAUUACCACAUAAUGUUUCACGGUAUUGUUUAAAAAGAAAAAUUGGCGAUAAUGUGAUGCGAGUGGUGAUACAACAAUUAAUAAUGAUAGAAUUCCGACGAAAUGGUUAUUGUGAGGAAUGUUUAUAAUUGGUGGAUGAGGAAUUUUCGGUGGUUUGCGGGCUUUGGUAUUGUUUUAUUUAGUUUCCAAUUAUAUUUCAUCUAUAACGUUUUAAACUAUGAAAACUCCAAGUCUUGGUGGAGCCCCAGGGGCGACACUCAAGACAGCGGCUCAAAUUUGUACCCAGCAAACUCGGCAAGACGCGUUAGAGACGAUUUUGUCGACGACGAAGACCUUAAAUCACAAAAAAACAAGGUGACAAGAUCGAAUCACACCUUGCCAAGGCUACGCAUUGAAGAAUUAGAUUUUACACCAUCCUGCCAAAUCAAGACGAAGGAAGCAAUCUCUUCAAUACACAGAGCUAAGACGCAACAAUGUAAACAGCAAAUAUCAAACGUUACGUGCCUUAUACAGCAGGGGAUAUUUUAUCCUAAACGUUUGCCCAAUUUUUGUGACCCCAAAGGACAUAAAGAGGCUUCACUUGGAUGUUUUAAAGAUUCGAAAAGUUUUAGAAUUUUAUCUGGGUACUUUAUUGGGAAUGUUAGUAAAAAUAGUCCGGAAUAUUGUAAAUAUCUUUGUCUUCAAUCUGGAUUUCCUUAUGCUGGAGUUGAAUAUGGAGUGGAGUGUUUUUGUGGAGCUGAAGAGCCUCCUUCAUCAGCAAAAUUACCGGAUUCUUCAUGCAACAUGAAAUGUCCCGGAGAUAAUCACUCAAUUUGCGGCGGAAUUUAUAAAAUUAGUAUUUACGAAACUGGAAUCAAAAAAUUCAUCCCACAAAUUGCUAACGUCUCAAAUUCAAUGACAAAUAUGUCGGUAAAAAUUGUAUUUCUUCUUACUUUAAAUGGACGAGCUUUAAGACAAGUAAAAAGAUUAUUAAAAACUUUGUACCAUCGAAAUCAUUAUUAUUAUAUCCAUGUUGAUGUGCGGCAAGAUUAUUUAUUUCGCGAAUUACUCCCAUUAGAAGAAACAUUUCCUAACAUUCGAUUAACAAGAAAUCGUUUUGCAACAAUUUGGGGCGGAGCCUCAUUAUUACAAAUGCUUCUCUCAACGAUGAAAGAAUUAAUUGAUCUCCACACCGAUUGGAAUUGGGACUUUGUAAUAAAUCUUAGCGAAUCUGAUUAUCCCGUAAAAACCGUUCAAAAACUAACAGAUUUUUUAUCUGCAAAUCGGGAUCGCAACUUUGUAAAAUCACACGGACAUGUUGUGCAACGUUUCAUUCAAAAGCAAGGUCUUGAUAGAACAUUUGUUGAAUGUGAUUAUCAUAUGUGGCGUGUUGGAGAAAGAAAGUUACCGUAUGGUGUUCAAAUAGAUGGAGGGAGCGAUUGGGUGACUUUAUCACGAAGGUUUGUUAGUUAUUUGACUAGGAAUGAAAAAGAUAAAUUAUUAGAAGGUUUAAUUUUUGUAUUUAAAUAUACUUUAUUACCGGCCGAAUCAUUUUUUCAUACAGUUUUAAGAAAUUCACAAUUUUGUGAUACAUUUAUUGAUAAUAAUUUACACGUUACGAAUUGGAAAAGACGUUUAGGUUGUAAGUGUCAAUAUAAACAUAUCGUUGAUUGGUGUGGUUGUAGCCCCAAUGAUAUUAAACCGGAAGAUUGGACGAGAAUAUUAAACACGGAGUUUAGGCAGGUAUUUUUCGCGCGAAAAUUCGAACCCAUUAUAAGUCAAUCGAGCAUUUUAAAAUUAGAGGAGUGGAUGUAUAAACAAAAUUUUUCAAAUGUACUUAAUAUAAAUUCUUAUUGGCAAAAUUUAUAUAGUCAUAAAGAUCAAAAUGAUUUAGAUGAUGCGUUACGCACAGUUGCUGAAAGUAUCGUAAGAUUAAUUUCGGUGAAAAUUUGUCCAAUUUUAUUAAAUAAUAUCAUUGAAAUAACUUGGUUUCAUUCAAAUGAUGAGUAUCAAAAAACGCUAAUAUUAUUUAACGCAACUUUAGCUGAUAAUAAAUCGGUUACUUAUGAAGUAAGUUUUAAACCUAGACAAUUAAUGAAAAGAAUUAAGAAAACUAACGUUACAAAAAGGCUUAAAACUUUUCAUGUUAGUACUGAUUAUGAUCCAAAAGAACAAAUUUCAAGGAAUUUUCAUAGAAUUUUUGGACCUUACUCCGAACCCUUACUCAUUUAUAAUUUUACUUCAGAUUUUAAUACGGAAAAAGAUUUUAAUAUUACGUUUUUAUGGAUCGAUCCAACGGGAAAACCGGUGGAUGUUAAUUAUAUUACAUUAGAUGAAGGUGUUCUUCACAGUCACCAAAAAUCAACAUUAAAACAACCUUUUUUACCCGGUAUUUGGACGGUUAUGCUGAUUCAUAAACGAAACGAAAUUGCCAGAACAAACUUUCUUGUUACACCGUUAAAUUAUUAUCAGGGUAAUGAAAUUGUAGAUGAUCAAACGACAAAAUUAUUACAUUCGGGAAGUGGAGUUUAUAAGAAAGUUGAUGUACGAUGGUUAAAAUAUACCGUUACUGAUUGGGAACAAGAUAGAUUAGAACAAUUGUCUAUUAAAAAUAGUAAUGUUAUCGGGAAGGAAUUGAAAGAUUGGAUUGAUAGUUUGGUUAAUAAAUUUUAUGUUUUCGGGGAUUUGUGUACAAUAAAUGAAUCGAUUUUUUGUAAUGAUGUUGUAAAAAGAUGUGCAAAUACUAAUUGGAGUUCUCUUGCUCCUGAUCCAAAAAGUGAAUUGGAUCGAUUUAAUAGAACUUCAGGAAUGUUUGAUUUACUUUAAGGAUAAGAUUUUUUUUUUUAGUAUUUAUGCAUGAGGUAAUGGCAUUUUAAUGAAUUGAUGGGUAAACCUCUAUGAAAUUGUUUGAAAUUCACUUUUUAAAACAUUGUAUAUAGGCGAGGUCUUUUAAAGUUGAUGUCCCACCUAUUUCAUGUGAAAUUAGUUGACUAUUAAGGAAAAAUUGUUUGUGUAAAACACAUUUGUUGUUUUAUAAUUUAUUUUUGAUGUUAUAACUUUGACCUUUAGGUGUUUUUUCACAUAUAAGUGCUUUAUAAUGAAUAACAAGAAUGUUUAAUUUACAAUGUCUUGAUGAUCGAUACUUUCGUCUGUUACUAUAUGCAGUGUGUUUGAUUUUAGUUGUCACAAUAGGUAUUUCAACUACUGUUGGAGAUAUGACAAAAUGUUAUAAAAGGAAAGUUGCUCCACACUUAAUAUUCUAUUAUCUGCCAUAUUCAAAAAAGCAAGUAAGCAUCAAAUGUGUUAAAUACAGCGAAUAUAUUUGAAAUUUUAAAUGGAAUGUCCUCAAUUUUAUUAAGUAUUAUAAAACUAUAAAAGCAAUUAAGUUAUAAUGAUAUAUCACAUUAUUUGUAAUAUGCUCAGAAACUCAAGUUAUUAUUAACAACGUGG